AUCAUGUUCAUGGAGAAAAUCAAAGGCUGUCCACGAAAAUAGACUACCAGAAGGGGGAAUAUUCUCGUCGCAAAUUGCCGUCAUACCAAGUACCUCGGUCGGCGGGCGAUUAUCAUGUCUCGUCCAUGCUCAUGCUUAUGCUUUUAAGCUGGUUUUGUCAACGCUCUGACUUCUCUCCAUAUCCCAAUAAGGAUAUAUCAAAUCUCUAACAGCACUAUUCGGUUUGUCUGUUGCGGGUCGCUCAUAUCCACGCUGCUGAAAACCAGUCCCUCUGCUUGCGACACCCAGUGACCCCUCUACUUGACUCAAGCAACCGAGAAGGCCGCAGGUCGUGUCUACACCUGUUCAACAUGGCUGCGCCAUCGCAGCCAGCGCAUUCGCAAACUGAACCCUCAUCUUCGACAACAGUUCCAACAAGUCAAGCGCCUCCUGAUGUAGCUGUCGAAGAUGACUCGGACCCAGACUUCGACGACCUAGAUGACGUGCUUGAUCAAUUCUCCGCCGCAACGUCCUCUCAGCCCAAGCCUCAACCGGAACCUACACCCUCCUCCUCUGGCCCGGGCAGACCACCAGCAGCAGCAACAAGCGAAACUCCAACUCUCCCGUCCGACCUACCUAUCCCCGAAGGCCCCAGGCCCUCCGAAAGCGAAGAAGAAUUCAUGGCCCGCCUCACCGCCGAAAUGUCCAGCGUCAUGUCCAAACUAUCCGCUGAUCCAGCCGUCUCCGCGGCGACGCCCGACGACAUCGCCAAAAUGGGCAGGGAACUGGAAGAAUUCACCGCCAAAAUGGAAGCUGAGGGGGUGCAACCCGAAGAUCUAUUGAAAGCCAUCCUCGGCGAAGACACAGGCACCAAGGUUGGCGAGAUCGCAACAAAAGAGCACGACAGGCGCGAGAGCGAAUCCAAAUCGCGCAGCCCGGAGAAAUCGAAGAGGCCCGAGUCGUCCAAGGGCAAGUCGUCAGGCACAUCUUUCGAAGACACGAUCCGCAAGACAAUGGCCCGCAUGGAGUCCUCUUCAGCCGCAGCGAGCAGCGCAACUGCCCAAUCAGCUAAGUCGGAGGAGGACAUGCUCGCCGAGAUGCUACGCGCCCUAGACUCCGAGGGCGCCGGUGAAGGCGGAGACGGAGACGGCGACUUGUCCAAGAUGUUCCUCGGCAUGAUGGAGCAGCUCACGAACAAGGACAUGCUGUACGAGCCGAUGAAGGAGCUCAGCACGAAGUUCCCCGACUGGCUGGACCAGAACAAGGCGAGAUUGCCGACGGAGGAGUACGAAAGGUUCACGAGGCAACAGGUCAUUGUGACUGACAUCGUGGGCAAAUUUGAGCACACUAGCUACAGUGACGAUGACCCCAAGUGCAGAGAGUACGUGUGGGAGAAGAUGCAGGCUAUGCAGGCAGAGGGGGCGCCGCCAGAGGACCUGGUUGCCAACCCGUUUCCAGGGAUGGGUAUGCCGGAUAUGGAUGACAAGGCGUUGGAGGAGGGAUGUCCCACGCAAUGACCUGGGAGUUUUAAGCAGUUGACCACGAACGCAUCCGCAGGGAUGCCAAUCGAUGGGGGAAGAUGCUUCCAAAGACACAUAACCCCCCCUUGAAGAGUCCCAACCCUGUUGAGCGAAGCCAUUUGCCGGGCUCUGAGAGAGAGUUUUGGCAGACCGCGCAUGCCGGAUGGGGUUCAAAGCCCGCAUGAAUGUUACAAGGUACACCCAGCCGUUCACGGAAGAUUCCAAUCUGAGGUCCAUACAUAGGCCGGUAAUGCUCCGCUUCGAGAAAAUCACGGAGGGUGGAAAAGUGGGAGACGGUAUAUACCCGGUUACUUAGGCCAAGGGAGGACACACGAGAACACUUGCGAAGUACUCUAUCAUACAGUCAUAUUGAUAUAAUGCCCAAGUCUGCGGGCUUUGCGCAAGGCGAGACGAGACGAGACGAGACGCGAUCUUGUCGAAACAAGAAGGGAAAUAUCUCCGAAACUAUCUAUUCUGUUACUAUAUUGGUACAAUAUUGAGUAAAAUACAUAGUAAUCCUGGCAGCAAACAGCCUACUGAGUGGCAAGGAAGUCUUACCCAG